UAGCAUAGGCUGGGUUUGGAAGCUUUGCUACGUACUGCUGAGACCGGGAAGAGAAAUGGACAGAAUGUCACUUGCUGCUUACUGUGGGAUUUGCUGUAGAAAGAUAACAACUUUAGAUACAGCCCGGAAAACUCACAAAGCAUGGAAAGAUUUCAGGAAAAUCGCAAAGUUAACUGGCUCUCUUGUUCUGGGUGGUUGUAUCUUUGCUACAUAUGAAGUUCUGGCUUUAAGGAAGCUACUCUCUUUUGAUACCCAAGUGGUACAGCAAGAAAAAUUGAAGUCCUACAUUUAUUUACAAACGGUUUCUUUGGAUCCAUGUGAAUAUCAAGGAAUUACUUAUCAAGUGAGAAAGGAGCUUCACAGAGCAGCAAGGAAAAUUCUGGACGCCACUGCUAGAAUUUUCCGAAGACCAUUUGAUGAACGCUUCAGUACUUUUGAUAUGGAAGAGCAUGAAUGCGCCUUGUGGCUCCUUCUGAAAAGAACCCAGUCAGAAGAUAAAAUGGUCCGAUUACAAGCUGUGCAGGAACUGGCCUCCAAUCAUUAUUGGCAUGAUUAUCAAUAUAGGACAGCUGCCCAAUCCAUUGAUAAGAGAACUGCUAUUGGUUUAGCUCGAAGUCAGGAUGUUGACCUACGAUUUUUCCUGCCUCCUCCCUUUUUACCAAAACAAGGAGAUAUUACUUGUUUAGAAGAUGAAUUCCGGCUGCUGUUGGCAGCUUUACCUCAGACAGAUCUUGACCCGUGUGUGAAGCAUUUUACAUCUUUGGCUUUAAGAGAAAGCAGUCAGACCAUCGCUGCUCAAAAGGGGGGCUUAUGGUGUUUUGGUGGAAAUGGCCUUCCUUAUUGCGAAAGUCUCAGUACCGUCCCAGCAAAAACUGUCGAACUCUUCUGUUUACAAGCCUUAGUGCAACAUUCCAAGAUUCCUAGUCACUGUGAUGAAAUUGAAUCAAAGAGAGGACUUCAACUGUUAAGGAAAUUGUACCAUCUUUGCAGAGAUUCCCCCAAAAUACAAAGAAGCAUAAUUCACAUAAUUGGAAAUAUGGCACUAGAUGAACAACUUCAUUUAUCUAUAUUAAGUGCAGGUUGGGUUUCUGUGCUAGCCGAUAUGAUGAAGUCUACUCGUGUCAUGGAAUCCUCACAUGCAGCAAGAGCCUUGGCCAACUUAGACAGGGAAACGGUGAAGGAGAAAUACCCAGAUGGAGUAUAUCUUUUGCACCCGCAAUUUCGAACCAAUAUGCCCAUUAAAGCCGAUGUACUUUUUGUUCAUGGCCUCUUGGGGGCAGCGUUUAAAACAUGGCGACAACAGGAUGUUGAGCAGUCAGCAGCGGAGAAAGAUGUGGAUAUGGAGGAUGACUACAGUGAGUGUUGGCCGAAGACAUGGUUAGCAUCUGACUGCCCUUCACUUAGAAUUUUAUCUGUGGAAUAUGACACCCACCUGAGUGACUGGAAAGCAAAAUGUCCUGUGGAGAGCUACAGGGAAUCUCUUGCCUACAGGAGUACUGAGCUUCUCAAGAAACUAAGAGCUGCUGGCAUUGGAGACAGACCACUUGUGUGGCUGUCGCACAGCAUGGGGGGUCUUCUAGUCAAGAAGAUGCUGCUGGAUGCUUCCAUGGACCCUGAAAUGGACUCCAUUAUAAACAACACACGGGGGAUUGUGUUUUAUAGUGUUCCUCAUCAUGGCUCCCGUUUGGCAGAAUACUCAAUAAAUGUUAGAUUUCUGCUUUUUCCUUCAGUGGAAGUCAAAGAACUCAGCAAAGACUCACCUGCCCUCAAAGCACUAAAUGAUGAUUUUCUCUCAUUUGCCAAGGAUAAGAACUUUCCUAUCUUGAGCUUUGCAGAAACAUUGCCAACCCGUGUUGGUAGAAUGCUGAACCUCCAUGUAGUACCAGUGGAAUCUGCAGAUUUAGGCAUAGGAGAGCUCAUUCCAGUAGAGGUUAGUCACCUGAAUAUUUGCAAACCGAAGAACAAGGACUCUUUCCUCUACCUACACACCUUAAAGUUUAUUCAAGAUACCUUAGCAAGAGAACUGGGAAACAUUUAAACUGGAACACUUUGCUUAUUGUUUUUUGGUAUCAUGUGAUUCUAACUUUUAUGCUGAAAGUGUAAGUAGGUUGGCAGAGUUGCAACAAAAGGGUUUAUUACUGUCAGACUGAAUGUAACAUCUCCUAGCAGCAAAUCUCUGGAGUAUAUUUAAUGUAUGAAACAGCAUAGAUGCAGCAUGUCUACAUCUCACAAAGAAAAACCAUGACAGCUUUUGUUCUCCUUUAACUGUCUUGCAAAUGCUCAUCUGGAAGGUUAAUACACAAGAGACAUCUUAUUCAGUGUUUGAUAAGGAAGCUGCUUCUUGAGCUUCCUGAGCAUCUGUUCUUUCAUCAUAAGCAAAAGACCUUCCCUUCCAGAAGUGCCAGGCCUUUUCAUGGCAAGCACACCACACUGGCAUGAUAAAGGCUUGGGCAUAUUUGUAAAUAAGGGAGGAAAAUAGUGGAGUGACAACUAAGCCUGUAAACCCAGGCAAUACUUUGCAAAGGAAAAUCAAGGGUACAGAAGUUCCUCUGCAUUUGCUUUAAGUAAAAACACAUCAGUUAUAGUGCUUUUUGAAAAGCUUGGUUCAGUUUUUUCCCCCAUGGUGAUUAGUUUUUCCAUAUUUGCCUUGAGCUGUAAAAGAAAAGGGGAGUUCAAAAUUGUUCUUUUAUCCUGCAUAAAAGGUUGAGUUCAUAUAGGGAGUUGUCUAACCGCUCAUCAUUGUCCUGGUUGUUGAGUUCACUAUUUAAAUAAAUCUAAACCUCAAAGGGCUUAAGCCUAAUCCUAGGAUCAUAUGAAUAGCCCAGCCAAUUUUAUUCCGUAAUUUUCAGAAUGCCAAGAAAGCAGAAGGGGAGAAUCCUGUCCUCUGAAUUCUCUGCCAUUUGAGUAUUUUGGAAACAAAUAUUAAACAAUUGAUUUGAACAAUCGCUUCUGUGGUCAACUCUCAGUUCAGGCAUUAUAACAAGCCAUAGUUCCAUUUUCCAGGUUAUCAGAAAAACCUUGCGGAAAAUAGUAUGCUCUAUUGUGUGUUUCAUCCACGUAAUCUUCCCAUCUCAAGUUGGUGUGAUCUCUGGAAGCAAAGCAACAGACACAAGGAUAAUUUGGCUGUUUGAAAUCAUGACAAACCAUAUUAGCACAAACCACCUAGUUGCCAGUUGCCAAACAACCUUGGUUUGGACUGUUGCUUUCUUUAGUAAAACUUCCCUUAACUAGGGCUUGACUUUGUCAUAUUUGAAUUAAGCCAAUGUAUAUGUAACACAGAAAACCUUUUACAGGAAAAAGGGAACCUUUAAUCGUAAUGAGCUCCUGUUACCCUGUAUAGAAAAUAGGUGUUUAUGGCUUUUGGAGCAAUCUGAAGUAUGCACUUCCCUCCCCAAUAUAGCUUGUGGCUUAUACUGUAAGAGUAUUUGUGCAAUAAUAAACUAAACUCUUUCAUGUG